CAGAAAAAUGAAGGCAGCCAUUGCUAUCAUUCUUGCUGUUUGCUUCGCUGCGGCAACAUGCUCGGCAAACGUGCUAUCUCAGGAAAGCAAGCCAACAGUUGUUGUGGAUGUCCAGGCCCAGAAUCUUGGUAAAGAAACCUUGGACCUCGGAAAUGUUCUCCUUGAAGUUGCUAAAAAACUUUCCAAGGACGAAUCCAAGCAGGAUGACGAGUAUUUCCUGAAGGACCUGUGGGUCAAGGCGACACAACACGUUGUGGAGGCUGUCAAGAAGAUAAAGGACGUGAUUCGUGGCACUGCAAAAGACAUGAAGUCUACGAUCAAGGAGGGUGCUGACAGGGCCAAGCAGAAGGCACAGGAAAAGGCUUUCGAAAUUCUGGCCAAGAUCAUGGGCGAUUCGAUGGGCCUGUACGCUGCUGAAGACUCGCAGCUCGCUUUCCGCAAGGACGUUUGCGCGAAGCUUGACCGCGUCGGCAGGAGACUCGUCGCCGAGGGUGAGAAGCUCUCAAGGCAUUGAAGGGAGUGGAAGAUAACU